CUUUAUCAGGUUUUGUGCUCUUGGACGCUAGUGUUCCGAUUUAUUGUUGACCCAAACGAAACUAGGAACCGAAUCCGCAAGAGCAAAGCGGGAGCAAAGAAGACGAGGCAGAAGCAGUAGACGAGCACGACCGAAACAUGGGAGAGAAAGAGGAGGAUGGUGGCGGUAUGUCGACGACCAGGGUGUUCGUCGGAGGGUUGGGCCAGGCAGUGACGGCAAGCGAUCUGGAGAAGACAUUCUCGUACCUGGGCAGGGUGAAAGGAGUCGAGAUCGUCCGGACCAAUGGCCGGAGUUUCGCUUACAUGGAUUUCGAGCCCGACUCUCAAAAGUCUUUUAACAAGCUGUUCAGUACGUACAACGGUUGCAUCUGGAAAGGAGGAAGACUCAAGCUAGAAAAAGCUAAAGAACAUUAUCUUACGCGGUUAAGAAGAGAAUGGGCAGAAGAUGAAGCUAACAAAGCUUUGUGCUCAAAUGCUGAGCCAGACACUGACAUCACUGAGAGCUCCUCAAAGAAGUCUAAACGUUUAAGAGAAGAGAAGAUGCAGUUAAAAAUUUACUUCCCACGACUAAGAAAGGUAAAGUUGCUGCCAUAUGCCGGAACUGGAAAACACAAAUAUAGCUUUCAACAUGUUAAUGCCCCUCCCUUGCCCGUUCAUUUCUGUGAUUGUGAGCAGCAUUCUCUUCUGUCUGACAAUACAUCUACAGAACAUGUUACAUUCAAUACAGUGAAUAACGUCAUAGGCCAGCAUGAGCUAGAUAUUAUGAACUCGGUGCUGGAGAAGCUAUUCAAAACAGAAGCUGAGUCAGCAGCCGGCACUGUAGAACAUAACUCAUUGAGGGAAAUGAAUGAUGUCAGCCACUUGAUCAAUACCAUAGCAGUGGACAAUGAGGAAGCAGCUGAAGCUUCUGAUUCAGAUAAUCUGAUCACAAAUAUAGCUUUGGAAGUACAGGAUGUCUCAAGUGAAAUGUACAAGCCAAAGGAACAAAUAUUUUCAAUGAAGCAGGUACCAAAUGCGGAUGUAUUAACAAGAAAUAAGCCGUUUCCAGCUACAGAGCCUAAGUUUGCAAAGAAAGCACGCAAGCCUCCAGCAGAUGGCGAAAAACAGAAACAAUCAAAGAAGAAACAAGCAUCAGAAGAACAUCUUAAUGAUUUGGUUCAUGCCCUAGAAAAUCAGGCAACAGAAACUGGAGUUGAAACUAAAGAUGUGGCAGGAGUAAUGUCAGUGACCAUUAAUGAACCUCCACCUCCUCAGGAUGCCACCAGUUGUGUCAGGGUACAGAAAGUAUCAUGGAGAGACCUGGUUAGUGGAAAAAGCAGCAGUAGCUUCAAGCUCUCUGAUGUUUCUGCAGAGCCUUCAGCAGGCACUGAUAAGUUUCCUGAACAUAGUGAAACAACUAAACUUGAUAAAUCACCCAAAGUUACAUCAGUGGAAGCUGUAUCCUCAACCAUGCAAGUAGAGGAAGAGGAUCCAAACAGAAAUGCUCAGGAUUCAAAAGAAACUGAUGUUAGCCUGAAGGCUGGGAACAUGGUUGGAACCAUAGAGCCAGAAGCUGCUCAUAGAAACGUCUGCCCGAGCAAGACAUGGAGAGACAUGCUCAGUGGAAAAAGCAGCAGCAUGUUCAAGCUCUCUGGUAUUUUUCAAGGUCCCUCAGUAACUGCAGAAAAGUUUGCUGAAUCUAGUCAAGCAGAUAGCCCUGGGUUGAAUCGAGUCGAAUGCCGGAAAUCAGAUGAUGUAUCAUCGGCCGAGCGUGUACAUUCCUCGAUACAACCGAAACAGGAGGGCCUAAAUAGUAGUACUCAGAAGAGUCAGAACAAUAAGGAAACCAAUGUUAGCCCCAAGGCCACCAACAUCGAUCGGUCUAUACCUCUAGGAACAGCUAGCGGAAAUGUCCGCAUGGAUGAGGUAUGCACUUUCAUGCGAAGUGCAGAAUCACAGAAGGAGUGGGCAAAGGUCCGAGCUGCAGUAAGUGCGUCACUGCGGAGCAGGAAAAGAACUGAUAAUUCUGCUGCUGAAAAUGCCAAAAGUAGGCCUAAGCACAGAUGACCAAUUCUAUUCUUUUAUGUUUUAUGCAACACCUGCACUUCGUUGCAACCUGUAGGCUCAGUAGAGAGUGUUCUCAUAUCUUAGGUAGCUGGUUUUGUUGUGGUUCCCAAACAGAACAUGUAUUUAAGCUCCCUCGAGCAAUCGGGGACAGUUUUGAGUGAACGAACGGUUAACCA